AUGAUUGCCAAAAUCACCAAACCGUACAGUUUCCUGGACGACUACAGCGAGGGCGCCCACCCGCGGCUGCUGGAAGCCCUGAUCCGCACCAACAACACCCAACAGACUGGCUACGGCACCGACCAGUACACACGCGAGGCACGCCAAUUGCUUCUUGCACAGCUGCAAGCAACAGACGAUGAUGUCUCGAUUUACUUUGUCCCGAGCGGAACGGCAGCCAAUUUGAUCUCAAUCGCCAGCUGCCUACGGCCGUACGAGGCGGUCCUUGCAGUGCAGACCGGGCAUAUCAUCGACAAAGAAGCUGGGGCUAUCGAGGCGACGGGGCACAAGAUCAUUUCAGUCCCUGGAGUAAGAGGAAAGAUGACGCCGGAGAACCUAGAGGCGGUGCUUGAGAGGAACACAUUCUUCCCGCACAUGGCCAAGCCAAGGCUGGUUUACAUCUCCAAUGCGACAGAGAUCGGGACAAUAUACUCGAGCGACGAACUCAAGGCACUGUCCGACGCCUGCCGACGGCGGGACUUACUGCUGUUUGUUGAUGGAGCGCGGCUAGGAGUGGCAUUGACUGCGGAGCACAACGAUGUCAUCCUCCGGGAUCUGGUCGAUUACACCGAUAUCUUCUGGAUUGGGGGAACAAAGAUGGGAGCGCUGCUCGGAGAUGCAAUUGUGGUGCGGAAGACCAUAGCAGAGGGAUUCGAGUUCCACAUGAAACAAAGGGGAGCCUUGCUAGCCAAGUCAAGAGUCAUGGGCGUGCAGUUCAGCGAGCUAUUUCGGGACGGAUUGUUUUUCGAGCUGGCCCGACAUGCCAACGCAAUGGCCCGGAAGAUCGGAGACCGGUUUGUGCGCAAGGGAUGGGAGCUGGCAGCAGAGACAGAAACCAACCAGGUGUUUGUAGUAGUCCCAAACAGCAGACUGAGUCAGUUGGAGGCCCGGAUCCGGUUCUAUGCGUGGGAGAAGAGGCCCGGAGUGACGACCGUGCGGAUUGUGACUUCGUGGGCGACGGACGAGACCGAGGUGGAGAAGCUCUGCCAGUGGAUUAGUAAUCUGGAAUGA